ACAGCAGUGUCGUCGUGCUGUUCUGACAAGCGUCAAAAUUAAUUAUGCGACACUCGUCAGCUUUCGCCUACUGUUUUGUUCUUGAAUCAGCUCACCGCAGUUGUUGGGCGAGAGGUGCGCUUUAGUGAACGGAAGGCGCUUGACGCUUCGUUUGGUUUGUUGACAAAUACUAGGCGAGCACAAGUCUUCAUCCCGUGAGCACGAAAUUUGCAUGGUAUUUCGGCGCCUACUUACUGUGGCAUUGGGCUUGAUGCCGAAGAAAGGCCAAUUCUACUACGCCGUCCGCAACGGGCGCCAGAAAGGCGUAUUUUUGACAUGGCCAGAGUGUGAGAGCCAGGUCAAGGGUUACCCCCGACCUGUGUACAAAAAGUUCAGCACCGAGCAGGAAGCUUGGGCUUUUGUCAACAACGAUCCCAAUGGAGAGAUAACCCUUAGUGGUUCAGGGGCCUUUGGGGUGAGCUGCCACUCUGUCGGCAAAGCAUUGCAGGGACGCAAGCGCAAGCAAGGAUCCGACCCUGUGGAGGACCAGAGAGCCCAGCGCUUCUGCCCAGAUCCUAAUGAACCGACUGACAUGCUGCAUGUGUACACGGAUGGAGCGUGCACGCACAAUGGUGGCAUAAACGGGACGCCAAGAGCUGCCAUCGGUGUCUACUGGGGACCCAAUCAUCCAAUGAACAUCAGCGAGCGGCUUCCAGGUCGACAAACAAACAACCGUGCCGAGAUCCAUGCUGCUGUCCGUGCCUUGCAGCAAGUGCGCAGCGUUGGUGGGCGCCACGUGACCAUCUACACAGACAGCUCUUUUCUCAUCAACAGUGUCACCAAGUGGAUGGAUGGUUGGAUCAAGAAGGGCUGGAAGCUGUCUGAUGGCCAGGCUGUCAAGAACAAAGAAGACUUCCUGGAGCUGCUCAAGGCAGCAGAGGGCCUCCGUGUUAAGUGGGUGCACGUGCGAGGCCACUCUGGUGUGCCGGGCAACGAGCAAGCUGACCGUUUGGCCGUGGCUGCGCUUGACCUACCAUUGCCACCGGGAUGACCACUGCUGAGGCUGCUUUUUUCUCACAUUAAACACAACUUUCU